GCUCAUUACCCUCCUUCCCUUUCGUAAAAAAUCUUCUAGUCUCCACUGCUUUCUUGAAUUGUGCUAGUUUGCGGCGGUGUUAAAUUCCCGACUGCUGACCUCCGCGACUCGAAUCAUGGAGGGUUCGGGGCUAAAAGAGGCGCGCACCAGCAUCUGCCAAUCUUCCGUGCCACUGUCCUGUGCUUACGUCAACGACCGUCACCGCCCUGGCCCGGCGGCACCUCUGGCGCGAGGAUCUCACGAUGGAUUGGAGGUCCAAUCAUCGGCUGUAUCUCACUAUUGUCAUUUCUCAUCGAUCCCACCGCGCCCCUAGGAUAGUUUAACAGCUAUUACGUCUGCCGGAUUGUUUUUUCGGCCCGGCAGGUCUGGAAGGCAGGACGAGUGUAGACUGGCGCGAGCGUGCUGGGCCCAGCAGGGACUUCAUUCAUAGCCUUCAAGCGCUCUAGUCGUGUUCUCUGCUUCCUACUGGGAGUGCAUAGCACUGGACGCAUUGGCGUGUGCCUCAAGUUGAGCAUACUGUGCCGUUGCUUCAAGUUUGCACAGCCCUCAGUGGAUUGCUCAUGGCGGUGCAACCUGAGUAAACCUACUUAAGUGGUGCUGUCAGUGGCUACUUACUGAACACGCAGCUCCAACUCCCCAUUCAAGUCACAAUGGCAGCAAUCUUGGCAUCGAAAACCGGCAUGGAAUUUGGAAGCCUUCGCCCCAUCACAUCAAACGAAACAGGUCGUUAUGAACGAGGUGGAUUUGCCGACCCUGCCAAUGUGACUAUCCCCUCUGGAACGUUCUUCAGCUCGCGGAAACCCGAACCGGAAUAUCUCCCCGCACAGUGGUGUAAUGCGAUUCAUCCAGAGGGCCAGCUCUACUUCUUCCGCCAAGGGACGCUCCGGGUCGUCACCGAGGCUCAUCUGUACGACCAAGACAACAUGGCGCGAGUCCUUGGCUGGGUUGAGCGGAUUGAGAGGCUGGCUGCUCAGCGAGCCUUCCCGAUUUCGGACGCCAACGAAUUGUUCAUCAAAUUGGAAGGAGACGAUUGCGAGUACUACCUAGUCGAUCAUGCCACUCGAGCUCUGGCAUGGCUCGAGGAUGUGCAGACGGAGGACUUGGGCUUGCCUCCAGUUGUGUCGACCUCGCAGCUCGGUAUCCUUCUGGAGGAACUUUACUGGAGCCACGUCGAGCACUUCCCCAUGCACCUGGGCGGUCUGCCUGAGCAGGUGAUCGACUCUCUGACAUGUGUUUUGACGCAUGCGAUCUGCGAUCAGAUGACCUCCCGCGUAUCCACGUUCCCGUAUUCUAAACAGGACUGCGAAGCUUUUUUGCGCCUUCUGCAGAGCUGCAAGUCCCACAGCUUGGACGGCAGCAUCGUCUGUAUGAUCGCCCGCAUCUGGAGCCUAGUUUGUCGGAACAGAUAUCUUACGCAGUACGGCCAGGAACACUCCCGGUUGUCGCGCGACCAGGCGGUGCUCUUCGAUCCCGAAACUCCGAACCAAUGGCUGUCCAUCAUCACUGCCCGAUGUUCAUUCGGAGUAUCCGAUCGCUACCUCGCAAAGUUGGACGCGGUCUUCGUGGACCAUGUUGUCUACACCGAACAGUGGAGUGAGACGGUGGCGGAUUUCCUCAAGGGGUGGCGCGCGUCUGCGUUGGCCGCUUUCUUUGCAUUGAUGCUUCAUUUGUUCUUCAUCCCGGGCUCCCUGUCGCCCCUCAUCGUGGUUUCGGCUGUUCUGUUUGGGGCCAGCUUGCUCACAUCGGCCCUGCUCAUUCAUCGUUUCGAUCAGCUGGAAGGCAUCAGCGCCACCGAAGCUAUGAACUAUCUCGAAAGCAUCCUGUCGCCCACCUUUCAUUUCCAGCUUGUGGCCUUGAUGCUCGCCCUUCCCCAAACUCUUCUUGGCUGGGGCACUCUCUUUUUUCUCGCCCGGCUGUUGCUGGUUUUGCUCGAAGUCACCGGUGUCUGGGGAGCGGGUAGUGUGCUUUGUGGGAGCUGUCUCGGGUACCUUCUUUUCCAGAAGACGACCUCGCAGCGCUUCAAUCAGCAGCUGUCCCAACUACGUGCUCGUCCCGAUGUCAUAAAAAAGCUACCAGAUCGACUGCGCGGGUUAGCUGGGAAGAAACUCGUUUUCGACGGGACACUUAUAACUCAUCGGCUCUAUUUUUCUCCCAACCCUCAUGAGCGACGGCACAUCAUCGGCUGGUUUCGGCUGGUGAAGGAGCUCCGGGAGGCCGGCGUGGACGCGGUGUGUGUGUUCGAUGGGGAAGGGAGGAGUACCGCCAAGGCAAAGGAGGCUGCGCGACGGCGCAAAGUGCAGAAUUUGACAGUCGCGCGAGGUUCGAUCGAGCUCGACCGCGUGCAACGGCUGAAACGGCUCGGAGACACGAUGGCGCAGUUGAAACGAGUCGAUCAUCCUGAACGGCGACGCGUCGGUGACUUGUUGGAGAACUUAGCUGGUGCACUUCCGAAUGUCGUGCCUUCUGGCAGGGGCGAAGUGAGUGGGCCGCCAUUGCACGGAACCCUUGCGCCACCGGCUGAGAAGCGCGGUACGCUCCCUGCUCCCACUGUUCAAUCAAAUCAAGAUUCUCUGCCGGUCCAAACGUCCAUGCCCUCCCCCACACCAACGCCGACACCAGCCACACCGCCGACCACAUCAAAGUCUGCCUUGGAUCAAUCAUUCCCGCUUCCUCCUGUCCCUUCACCGCCGCACUCUCUGUCUACUGUCUCUGACAUAAAACCGGCCCCCGUUGAGACGGCGCUGGACUCAGUCGCAGAAAUGUACAUUGAGUUUUUGGCAAGCGUCCAAAAGCUAGCUUCUCUAACGCCGACCAUUUCUUCGGCAGCGGUGUCCGCGACCGAUGAGGAUGUUCGAGUGGAAUAUUCGAUGUCGAAGACGCAGGUGGCGCUAGCGCAGCAGGAGGCAAACUUGUGGCGUGGCCUAUCUGCUGCUGACUUUGAUGCCGUAGGCGCGGAGGACUCGCCACUCUCGCACCUUUCGGCGAAGGCAGAAACUAUGUCCAAAUCCUAUCAGCGGCGCACAGACGUUCCGACGACGCAAACGUACAAUGAAUGCAAGAGUUUGUUGCGGGCGAUGGGCGUUGCAUGUGUCUCAACGACCGGAAGCUAUGAGGCUGAAGCGUUGGCUGCGUCGAUGGUCAUUCAUAAGAUGGCUGACUUUGUCGUCAGCGAGGACACUGACGUGGUAAUCUAUGAAGCCCCCCUCCUACGCAACAUUACCAACCGCAAAUCUCCGCUGUUGCUGCUAAACGGAACAGAGGUCCGGACGGCGCUAUCUCUCUCUCGCGCUUCUUUCAUCGACUUCGCCCUCCUGCUGGGGACCGACUUCUCUCAGCGGAUCAAAAACGUCGGGCCGGCCCGCGCACUGAAACUCAUUCACGCACACGAGACCAUCGAGCGUUUGGUCGCAGUAGAAGGCGCUAAAUACCCGCCGCGCACUCCACCAGAAGAGUACCUCCAAGACGUCAGACGGGCCCGCAAGGUGUUCGGGACGCUGCCGCCCGUCCCCGCGGCCCACCUCAUUCAUCAGGAGCAAGACGACGGUGGCCUCGCCGUCCUUUUGCAACGUUUUGGGCUGGGCCGGCUAUUGAUGGCUGAUGAUAUUGAUGGAGAAGGCGAGUAUUGGGAUUAUGAACAGGCCUUGACCGGUAACUAUUUUGGAGACAACCCUACGGCAGAGUAG